AAAUGGCGAGCUCUCAAUCUCUGCAACGAGGCCUCAAUCUCGGUCGUGCUCUUCGAUCGGUUUUCUUAUCAACUACGAGAUUUUUCUCUUCGGCUUCGGACGCCUUGGUGGAGGUCAAGCCCGGUGAGGUCGGCACAAUUUCUGGAGUACCUGAAGAACACCUUCGAAGAAGGGUCAUAAUUUACUCACCCGGCCGAACUGCUACACAACAAGGCUCUGGGAAAGUUGGGCGUUGGAAAAUUAAUUUUAUGUCUACUCAGAAGUGGGAAAAUCCAUUGAUGGGUUGGACAUCCACAGGGGACCCGUAUGCCAAUGUGGGUGAGGGAGGAUUAAGUUUUGAUAGUGAAGAAGCUGCAAAAGCAUUUGCUGAGAAAUAUGGUUGGGAAUACGUGGUCAAGAAGCGUCAUACGCCUAUUUUAAAGCCUAAGUCAUACGCUGACAACUACAAAUGGAGGGGCCCACCAAAGACCGAAGCUGAUUAAUAUGGAGUUUCCCAAAAUUCUGUUUGGGUGCUUGUGACUUGUGAGAAUGUAAGCUCAUUUAACAAAGCUUCUUAUGCUUCUUGUUAUCUGAUUUUUUUUAUUUGUUGUUUAUUUCACUUCACUGCAAAUAAUUGUAAUUAACAAGUUCUAUGAGAUAAUACCCUCGUAGACUUGCUUCUCUGGAAAUAAAAUUGUAAUGAACAAGUUCUAUGAGAUAAUACUCAGUGUGUUGCUCCAA